AUUAAUUUCUUGUCAUUCACGAGCAGUCUGACCUUUCAACUACAUUCGAGGAUUAAGUUCGACAAUCGACAAGAGGCGCUCUUACAAUCAUUCAUUCCCUUUCUCUCAAUUCAUCCUUCAGUGAUUGCGGCAGAGUAACUCUGUCGUCCAACCAUGGCCGACCAAUUUAAAGCUCGAACGCUGAAACGCAAAAAUGUCAAAGGUCUCGCUUUGAACGCAGCACCCAAACCCCUCUCCAACCAGUCCGAUGGCGAUGCCCAAGUCCCCGGUGCGAUUGGAAAUACCGACAGCAACCGCACCGAUACGCUGGAGAUCGGGCUAGAGUUCCGCCUUGAUCUUCGCAGUGAAGAUUUGAUUACCUUAAAAGAACUAGGGGCGGGCAAUGGCGGUACAGUCUCCAAGGUCAUGCAUGCUUCUACUAAAGUUGUCAUGGCCCGAAAGAUUAUCCGUGUAGAUGCCAAAGAGAAUGUUCGAAAACAGAUACUGCGAGAGCUUCAAGUUGGCCACGACUGCAACUCUCCGAAUAUCGUGACCUUCUAUGGAGCAUUUCAAAAUGAAGCCAGGGAUAUUGUUCUGUGUAUGGAAUACAUGGACUGUGGCUCUCUUGAUCGUAUAUCCAAAGACUUCGGUCCUGUGCGAGUGGAUGUCCUAGGCAAGAUCACAGAGUCGAUACUGGCUGGCCUUGUAUAUCUCUAUGAAGCGCAUCGCAUUAUGCACCGUGAUAUCAAACCUUCCAACAUCCUUGUUAAUUCGCGGGGAAAUAUUAAACUUUGCGAUUUCGGUGUCGCUACUGAGACAGUCAAUUCGAUCGCUGACACCUUUGUUGGCACUUCGACCUACAUGGCACCAGAGCGCAUUCAAGGCGGCGCGUAUACUGUCCGUUCGGAUGUUUGGAGUGUAGGCUUGACGGUCAUGGAAUUGGCUGUGGGUCGAUUUCCCUUCGAUACCUCAGAUUCUUCAGCAGGAGACCGGGCUAGCGCCGGCCCUAUGGGUAUCUUGGACCUUUUGCAACAGAUUGUCCAUGAACCCGCUCCGAAGCUUCCAAAGAGCGAUGCUUUCCCACCGAUCCUACACGAGUUUGUGGCCAAAUGCCUCCUUAAAAAAUCGGAAGAACGGCCAACACCCCGAGAAUUAUAUGACAAGGAUGCGUUCCUUCAGGCUGCUAAACGUACACCAGUUGAUCUUCAAGAAUGGGCGAUUAGCAUGAUGGAGCGACAUAACCGAAAGUCUUAUCUAGCUCCUCCACCGCCGAAGUCUCUCAAGGACGAGAAAGAAGAAUUACCGCGCCGUAGCCCCGCUCCAAAGCCAGCAGUUAGCAAAUCGUCUCGCUCACCACAUUACACCCCAACGUCUGGAGAGAUCCCGGUGAAUAUGGUCAAUGAAAUGUCUUCCCAUAGCCGGCAUUAUCAUGUACCGCCGAACCCUUCUCCUCGCCCCAGUCGGUCGACUAGAUCUCCGCCCGCGAUUUCGCUCGAGCAUCUUUCUUUGGAAACCAAGGAUGAUGAUUAUCGAUCGGGACGCCGCCCCUCUCGUGCGCACUUAGGAGACCCGGUGUCGGCCUUGGAGCCACCCUCUCGUCCGCACAUCGCAUCUCGCUCAGCGAGCUCGCACAACAUGAAAUCGAGAAUGCCACUUCAGACAUCAGCUAUGCCUGUUCGUGCAGCUCCUCCUCCUAGUGGGCCCUUACCGCCGGCUCCGGUACCGGGAGCACCAUGGCAACGCUAAGUAAAUUAAGUGCAUCACUAUCACAUAACAGAAGCUGUGCGCAGUUGCUUUCUCAGACGAGUUAGAUCUUAUCAUAGACUUCUUUGCAAGUAAGACCAUCCGAUCGGCUCGCAUCUUCAAUCGGGAAAUCGGCCUUUCUCAAUCAACUGUCAUUGAAAAUAACCCAACCCUUUUCUUUCUCUUUGUCUCGUUGUCAAUAAUUCCAUUGACGUUUCACUGUUGAACUAUUUAGACGACGAACUCCCAACUGAUCGCUUGCUUGACCAUAUUGCUUAUGAUUUUC